UAAUGAACGAUUCUGACUCUGAGUACGAAGAAACGGAAUAUUUGGUGUACGCAGACUUUAAAAAACAUCUAGCGCCGCAUCAGCUAAAACAUGAAGAUGCUGCAAUUAAAAUAAUUGGCAUUGAAAGCGAUACGCCUAUGGCCGAGAUCAAUGGUAACAUUUUUAAAGGGACCUAUGAUAUGGCAUUAGGCACACAUUUGUUUUUCGAAAAAGACAAGGAAAGCUUAGCCGGUGAUCCCCUUUACGAAUCAGUUUGCCAGCAAAAAUUUAAAUUCAGCCAUAAGUGUGAUAAGGUAAUAAACUUUGAGCGCUCAUAUAUUGAAAACCUGGCGCAGGAAAAAUCAAGCGUUAAAGUGGAAGACGAGCAGCAGCCCCAGCAAACAGGCGAUAAACAAUCACUUAAGUUAAGCAUCAGCUACAAAGAGGCCAUCAAUAAAUUUGGUGAAGAGCAAUAAAGCCGCUGCUAUGG